CUGUGGGGCAGGGAUGGAUCUGUAGGAUGGAUCUGUGGGGCAGGGAUGGAUCUGUGGGUCUGUGGGUCGGAUCUGUGGGUCAGUGACAGCCCCCAUUGUGCCCCCCAGGCCGAUGCAUCGCGCCGUGGAGCCCCUGGGGGGCCGCGCCGCUCGGGACCCCUUUGCCGUGGGGAGCCUGGGCUGCGGCGGGGGCUGGGCCGGCUGCCCCCCCCGGGCCUGGCUGCCCCCCCCCAGGUGCUCCUCCAGCCUCGGGCCGGCGCCGCUGCCCCCCCCCCACCUGACGCCCCCCCCCAGCGGCAAUGGGGGGCCGCCCCUCCCCCACAAGGCCUUCUACCCCCCGGGAGCCCCCCCCCGGGCCCCCCCGGACCCCCUCCAGGGCUGUGUCCGGGCGCUGCAGCCCUGGGACCCCCCCGGCGCCGAGGCCACCCCCGAGCUGGAGGAGCCCCCGAGCUGCCACCACGGGCGCCACCGCGGCCACCGAGGGGACAUCGGCCACCGAGGGGACAUCAACCACCGGGGGGACAUCGGUCAUCGGCCCGGGGACCUCGGACAUCGGCCUGGGGACAUUGGUCACCGAGGGGACAUUGGCCACCGGCCCAGUGACAUCGGCCAUCGGCCUGGUGACAUUGGCCACCGAGGAGACAUCAACCACCGAGGGGACAUCAGCCACCGCUCUGGUGACAUCUGCCAUCGGCCUGGGGACAUUGGCCACCGGCCUGGGGACAUUGGCCACCGAGGGGACCUCGGCCACCGGCCUGGGGACCUCAGCCACCGAGGGGACAUCGGUCACCGGCCCGGGGACAUCGGCCACCGCCACGGGGGGGAUGGCGGCCACCGCGGGGACGUCAUCGGUGGCCACCGAGGGGACAUCGCCGCCCGCAUCGGGCGCCUGCAGCAGGCCCAGCUCUGGAGUUUCCCCCCCGGCCCCGUGUCCCCGCCCCGGGCUCGGGCGCUGCCCCCCCUCCAGCAGGUCUGGAGCCUGCUGCACCCCGAGAAAAGGACGUUCCCGGCCAAGAGGGGGGGGGCGCAGCUGCUGAAGAGGGGAGCGGCCCCCCCCGACCCCCCCCCCGCGGGGCAGCCCCUCCCCCCCGCCCCGCCCCCCCCGCCCCCUCCCCCCUCCGAGGAGCCGCCCAUCCCCCCCCUGAAACGGCGCCGCAGCGGCAGCCCCCAGGGGGGCUGUGGGGCGCUGCCCCCCCCCGGGCCCCCCCCAGGGCCGCCCCCUCCGUUCCCGCUGCCCCCGGGGCUGUGGAGCCCCCUGCCCCCCGCCGAGAGCAGCUGGGCCCCCCCGCGGCGGCACCCGGACAGACAGGAGCAGCGGCUGGUGGCCCCCCCGUUCCCGGUGCCCCCCCCCCGGCCCUGUGUCCCCCCGGGUCCCCUCCCAAGUGACCUUAGGGCCCCCCCCAGCCGCUCACCAGCAGCACCGACCGCCUGCGUGCCUUGUGCCCCCCCCCGGGCACCCCCCCGGACCCCCGCCACCAGCACCCGCAGCCCCCGCGCUCCCGAGCAGCGCUACCAACCUCCGGAGCCGCCGGGGCCGGGGGGCGCCAGCGGGGGGGUCCCCACCGCCCCCCACCUGCCCCCCGCCCCUCCCCCGCCCUGCUGCGCCCCCCCGGAGCCGCUCCCCGCCCCCCCCCUGCCCUGGCUGAAGGAGCCGGGGGGGGGCCCGGACCCCCUGGACGAGAUCCUGUUUGGGGGACCCCCGCCCAAGGGGGGGCCGGGGGGGGCCGAUCCCCCUCUGGGGGGGUCCCCGGGACCUUUCCCGGACCCCAGCACCACCAGCACGGGGGGGGGCGCCCCCCAGAGCCCCCCCCAUUUCCCUUACCCGGACAAGGAGGAAGAGGAGGAGGAGGAGGAGCCCCCCCCUCCCCACCGCCACCGCCACCACCCACCCCCCCCGGGCGGCGAUUUCUGGCUGGGGCCCCCCCCCCCCCCCCCGUUAGCGCCGCCCCCCCCCCUCUCCGAGGGCCCCCCCGAUGCCUCAGGAACCUCCCCCGCGCCCCCCCCCGCCCCCAGCCCCCCCGAGCCCCCCCUCCCAUCGGGGGUCCCUUUUCCAAAGAGCACCCCCCCCCCCCCCCCCCCCCCCCCGCACCCCGAGCCCCCUCCCCCGCCUCUCCCCCCCCCUCCCCCGCCCUCCUCCGACCCCCCCGGGGUCCCCCCCCGCCUGUUCGAUUUCGGGGCCCCCCCCUUGGACGAUCAGUUCGAGGAGCCCCCCGAGUUUGCCAAAAUCCUGCCCGACGGCCUGGCCAACAUCAUGAAGAUGCUGGACGAGUCCAUCCGGCAGGAGGAGGAUGAGGGGGGGGUCACCCCGGCCCCGCCCCCCCCCCCGCCCCCAUUCGGUGCCCCCCCCCCGGGUCACCCCGGCGACCCCCCGGACCCUCCCCGCCUUUACCCCUUCGGCAAACGGGACGACCCCAAAACUUCCCCUUUUUACCCCAAACCUCCUCCUCCUCCUGCUGCCGACAAACCCUCCGGAGCGGGAAUGGGGGGCAACAUCAGCACCCCCAAACCCACCCCCCCUUCCCCAGACCCCCCCGCGCCCCCCCCCCAAGCCGUCGCUACCUCAGCCCCGGGCUGGGGCGCCCCGGCCGUGCCCCCCCCGGGCCGCAGCGAGUCGGAGGCGCUGGAGCAGAUCAGCCGCGCCUGCGAGACCCUGGCCGAGCAGGCGGGCCGGCCCAGCCCCCCCUCCCCGGACCCCCCCCCCAAAUCGGGGCUGGGCCGCCGGCACCGCCGCGUGCCCCCCUCCUCAUCCUCAUCAUCCUCAUCGUCAUCAUCGUCAUCAUCGCGGCACCGGGAUCUGCGGCGGGGACCCCCCCGGCGGCGGCACCCCCGGAAAGAGGAGCGGGAACAACAACAGCAACAACAACAACAACAACAGCAGCAACAACAGCGCGAGCAGCAACAGCGCGACCGCCCCGUGCUGGCCACGCUGGACCUGCAGAGCCCCGGCGUGCAGGAGAAAGGGGGGGGACCCCUCCCCAGGCUGGAAACGAAAGGGGGGACCCCCCCAAACAACACCACCACCAACAACAGCAGCAACCCCCCCUCAAACCCGGCCCCCGCCGCGGGACCCCCGCCCGCCUUCGUCAGCUCGGCCGACCUGCUGAAGCUGCGCUCGCUGGGCGAGGGGCCCCCCAAGGAGCUCAAGAUCCGCCUGAUCAAGGUGGAGAGCGGCGCCGGGGGGCCCGGGGGGAUCCCCGGCCUCGGGGGGGCGCACGGAGCCGGCGCUGGCGGCACCGGCGGCGACGCUUUGGCGGCCUCGGAGGUGGCGGAGCCGCGGGGGCUGCCCCUGGCGCAGCUGACGAUCCGGCACAGCGCCGCCGAGGUGGUGCGGGCCAGCAAGCAGGCGCGGCUGAAGGGGCCGUUCCGCGAGUCGUACCUGUGCCCGGCGCAGUCGGUGAAGCCGCGAAUCGACGCCCGCGAGCAGCUGCCCCGGGACAAGCUGAACCCGCCCACGCCCAGCAUCUACCUGGAGAGCAAACGCGACGCCUUCUCGCCGGUGCUGCUGCAGUUCUGCACCGACCCCAAGAACCCCAUCACGGUCAUCCGGGGCCUGGCGGGGUCCCUGCGCCUCAACCUGGGUCUGUUCAGCACCAAGACCCUGGUGGAGGCCAGCGGCGAGCACGCGGUCGAGGUGCGCACGCAGGUGCAGCAGCCGUCGGACCAGAACUGGGACCUGUCGGGGACGCGCCAGGUGUGGCCCUGCGAGAGCAGCCGCUCCCACACCACCAUCGCCAAGUACGCCCAGUACCAGGCAUCGUCCUUCCAGGAGUCCCUGCAGGAGGACAAGGACAGCGAGGAUGAGGAGGCCGAGGAGCCCGACAGCACCACCGAGACCCCGCCCAGCCCCCCCGACCAGAAAUCCCACCAGAUCAUCAAGUUCGGGACCAACAUCGACCUGUCGGACGCCAAGAGGUGGAAGCCGCAGCUGCAGGAGCUGCUGAAGCUGCCGGCGUUCAUGCGCGUGUCCUCCACGGGGAACAUGCUGAGCCACGUGGGCCACACCAUCCUGGGCAUGAACACCGUGCAGCUGUACAUGAAGGUGCCCGGGAGCCGCACCCCCGGCCACCAGGAGAACAACAACUUCUGCUCGGUGAACAUCAACAUCGGCCCCGGCGACUGCGAGUGGUUCGCGGUGCACGAGCACUACUGGGAAACCAUCUCCGCCUUCUGCGACAGGCACGGCGUGGAUUACCUGACGGGCUCGUGGUGGCCCAUCCUGGAGGACCUGUACCGCUCCAACAUCCCGGUGUACCGGUUCGUGCAGCGCCCCGGCGACCUGGUGUGGAUCAACGCCGGCACCGUGCACUGGGUGCAGGCCACGGGCUGGUGCAACAACAUCGCCUGGAACGUGGGGCCGCUCACGGCGUAUCAGUACCAGCUGGCCCUGGAGCGCUACGAGUGGAACGAGGUGAAGAACGUCAAGUCCAUCGUGCCCAUGAUCCACGUGUCCUGGAACGUGGCCAGGACCGUCAAGAUCAGCGACCCCGACCUCUACAAGAUGAUCAAGUACUGCCUGCUGCAGUCCAUCAAGCACUGCCAGGUGCAGCGCGAGAGCCUGGUGCGCGCGGGCAAGAAAAUCGCCUACCAGGGCCGGGUGAAGGACGAGCCGGCCUACUACUGCAACGAGUGUGACGUGGAGGUGUUCAACAUCCUGUUUGUGACGAGCGAGACGGGCGGGCGCAACACGUACCUGGUGCACUGCGAGGGCUGCGCGCGGCGCCGCGGCGGCGGCCUGGCCGGCGUCAUCGUCCUCGAGCAGUACAAGACCGAGGAGCUCAUGCAGAUCUACGACGGCUUCACCCUGGUGACGCCGCCGACCCCCAGAUGAGUCCAGGGCCCCCCCCAGGGCGGGGGAGGGGCCGGGGGGGCCCCGCCCCUCCCCCCACCACGAACACUUUUUAUUUAUUCGCGGAGAAAUCGCCCCAAAAAACUCGUCCGGACGGACAAGGACAAAGCUUUGGGUGGAGAAACUCCGGUUUUAUACAAAACCCCCGUUUCUAGGAAUUGACAGAGCCCCGCCCCCGCCGCCCCUCCCCCCGCGGGGGAAAUGGGGGGAGGGGUCUCUGCGCUGCCCCUCCCCCACCCCCACGGUUUGGGGGCUGUUUUUGGGGGGGGGGGGCUCCACCCCGGCCCCUCCCCCCUCAUUUUGGGGAGGGGGGUUCGUGCCCCUCCCCCACACAAAGGGGAGCUGGGGGGGGUCCCCGCCCCUCCCCCCUCAGCGCUAAAUGGGGGAGGGGCAGGGGGGGAGGGGCACUUUUAUUGGGGGGGGUCGGACCCCCCUUGCCAAGAUUCAACCAAAAACUCGCCCCGCCCCCACCAGCGGCCGCCCCUCCCCCCCAUACGGGUCCGGGCCGGGGGGAGGGGCCCGGGGGGGGGGUGGGGGAGGGGCAGGAUUUUAUUGGGGGGAGGUGGCCCCCCCCCCCCGCUCCGCCCCUCCCCCCUCGUGGGCGGGGCUCAGGUCUCGGGGGGGGAGGGGCUCCCCCCCAACCCAUGGUGCAAAGGGGGGAGGGGCCUGUGCUACCCCUCCCCCCCACAGCGGGGGGCGGGGCCUUGGGGUGCCCCUCCCCCCCUUUCUAUCCCGAGCCUC